AUGCCUCGAAAUAGCCUCGACGCAACAAAAAGCACCACAGGGCUUGGUGCUCUUAGGCGCUUCAGCUCUACCUUUUCCCUCAAAUCAGAGAAUUCCUCCGAGCCAAAUGGCAAGCCCGAGAGUAGCAAGCACCGGUUCACGAAAAUGCUCGGAACCGUGUUUCCUACAACACGGCGACGCUCUCCGUCUCCGGUCACAAAACCAAAGACCACUCCACAAAUACCGGCUCAGAGUAGCCCGCGGACAACACCAGUCCGUUCAGCGACGGCAUCCCCAAUCCGGAGGGAGCAGAUCCGUAUCAUUCGUGAUCCUCUUCCCAUCCGGCCACCUAGACCCUUCUGCCCAGCAACCAAUCACAUCAUAGCGAGCUUGCAGCGUGGCUCCUCUCCUGUGCGGCAGCAGCAGCCGCCAGAUGCCCGUCAAGCAGAUAUCACGGGCGAUGGCAGCCUGGUGCUGUAUAAACCUCCUCCACCCACCCCGACGCAGCAACAAGCCUAUACUCAACAGUUCCGUGAAACGCAGACACACCGACACGCAGCGGGCUCGCCUCGCCCCCCGACGCGCGACACCGCAACACCAACCAGCCCCUUCCAUCGAAACGACCCCGACCACGCCCGACAACCACCACCACAACCCAGGCAGGAAACACCGCACCGAGUCAGACCCCCACACAUGACAGCCGGGCGGCGCCGUUCAUCACCCAGCCCCGAUCCAGCCAGCAUCAUGGCCGCGUUCCCCUCUCCGCCGUCCUGCCCACCACCGCCAGAGUGGAUCCGCGAGCAGGCCGCGGCCGGCAACCCGGCGUGGAAGUCGUCCAUGUCGGACUCGGGCCCGAGCAGGCGCUCGCUGCUGUGGAAGAGGCUGAAGCGGUGGGGGGAGAGAGUCAGGGGCCGGCUCGGGCCGUCGUCGCGGUCGAGGAGGCUGCGGGGAAAGGGCAAGGUGUCGUCGGGUGCGGAAGGGGUAGAUGACAAACGGCCAAUGAGCGACCCGUCGCCGCCGCCGCCGAGGCCCUGCUCGAGUGUGUAUUCGACGGGGUCAGGGACGUGUUUUGCCGAGUCUGAGGGUCGGGCGUCGGCUGCUGGGGCCCGGUUGUCGUGGCCUGGGAGUAGUCGUCCGCCGGUGGGUGCUUCGUGGGUUUGA